AUGACUGCAACGGGCGGUCAACGCGAAUCGACCAAGCCGCAACGCGGCAGGUCUGACAGCCUUCAGAAGAUGUUGGAGCUGGAACAUAUUCGGAAGCUCGAGCGUCUUCAGGGGCAUCAGUCCAUGCCUGCAGCAACCCAUCCCUCUCACCUGGCGUUUCAGCAGGUUCUUCAACAACAGCUUAAUCAUGGCCGACCUACCCAGUCACCUCCGAAACUGAAACCUUUUCCCACCGUUCAUCCCGCUCCGCCUGUGAAGACUGUCGCUCCUCUGCAGUCUCGCCGGAGGGAAUCAUCUGCUCAUUUUCCCGUCAAGAAACCCGAGCUACCACCAUCUGCCAUGAAAGCGGUCCGCCGAGCAACAGUCUUGCCUUCUCUCUCCAUUUCUGUGCCGCCGCCCUCGAAUGUCAAGUCUGAAAUCGAUCGUGGAUCGGAGCGCAAGGAAUCGGUGGAGCACAAGCACAAGACAGUGACGUUCCUCGACGUUGAUAGCUUUGACGAACCGACUGCGGACGACGCAUCCUCGAUCUGCAACUCGCCAAGCUGGGAAUCUUUUGGCCAGAACAAAAAGAAGGAAAAGAAAACCGAAGCCAAGAUGCGCAAGAAGGAGAAGGAACAAGCCGAGAAGCAAGCCGAGAAAGAGGCAAAGUCUGUCAAGAAGAAGUUGGCAGCUAAAUUGAGCAAAGCUGGACCGACUACCAAGUCUUCACCGCCGAGACCUCCAAAUGCCUCGAGGUCAAUCUCAAGCCCAACCAUGUUCGUCAACGACCAUCUUCGGUCAGCCAGCGCCCAGGCUUUCUACGAGCCACCACCUCCAAUCCGUCCCCAACACGCCAGGCAGCGGUCGGACUCGGUAGCAAUGCAGCUGAAAGCUGCUUUGACAGGCUAUAAGACCCACAAUCAGUCUCAAAGCAACGACGACCAAGGAUUCAUUGGGGGUUUGAAGCUGGAACAGAAACGACAGGUCGAUGCGGGUAUGCCCUUCAGCAAACCCAACCCGCCGGCUUUCCUGACUGGUCAGAGGUCUCAUUCUUUUGGACCCGAAGUGAGGGUCACACCGCCAGCGAUGACGCCUUCAACGUUGCCACGACCCUUCUCAUUUGAUCCGAAAGGAGAGCGGCCCGAUUGCUACGCUGAAGGCUUAAACGGCCCCAAGACAUCGCCAUCCGCUUCAAUGAAUACCCCCUCUUGGUCUCAGCCUUUGGUCUCCCCCACGGCACCGCCUUUACCAGACGUGAGCAACUUUCAACAAUGGAUGAAUGGCGUGAAGCAAUCGCAAGUGCCUACAGACGACGACGAAUUGGAGAUCCAAAACGGACUCAGCGAGGUUGUUGUUGAGCAAGAACGAGGUCGAAGAAGGGAGAGUUAUGUACAUCAGUCUCGCCAGCAAAGCAGAGAACGAUCCAUCAAUGGCUAUAGAGACGAAGUUCGUGUCUCGUCUGCCAAGUCUCACUACCCUCCUGCAUCAAAUCGACCACUUCAAUCUCGAGCGCACCCCUCUUCCUCAGAGAGCAGCCCCAUGGGUUCCAACUUCUCACCACGCAACGGAUCGCUCUCCAGCCUCGGCGCUUACAAAGACCAGGCAAUACCAGGUGAAGACUUCGCAGUCACAUUCCGGCUUCCCUACACACCGCCAGCAGGCAGUCCGGGACAGCCAUCUUUCGAUCAGUUUACGUCCCAGGGACCGCCCAUAUCUAGAAUGAUGUCUAGAGAAAUACCGCUGCCUCCCGAAAGAUCUGCAUCGCGUGAGAGGCAUCCGCCUACCCCAGGAGCAGCCAUCAGAAGCUUCAAGGAUGCUGCCAAAGCAGCCUUCCAGAAAGUUUCAACCUCCGGAUCAUCCAAACCCCCGGUCUCCAACUACUUUACUAGAGCGGCGCGCGAUACUAACAUGACCCCCGACUCGACGUCAAGCUCUAGGUACUCGACUGACGAACCAUCCCCUUUCACGGUACCGCCUGUACGUCCGUUUGCUGAGUCCACUGAAUCGACUUCGAGAGACUCUUCCGCACGUCCGACACAAAGAUCUUCAAUGUCUUCAUGCGACGAGUCUUUGCCUUCUCCAUCACCCGCCACCACCCCUGAUUCUUCCAGACCGCAAUCCGAGAAAGGUUUGCCUCCUGUGGAUGGGGAACUUGGUCGGGUUGACAAUGAGACCGUGGUCGUUACAAACGACACACGAUCGUAUAGACUUUCUCACAAGGCAGCGAUGCAGACAGCCUCGCCGAUUGCUUCAAAUCAAAGGAUCAGUCUGCCCCCUCAGAUUCCAGUUCAGAACCAUGAGGCGCAUUUGAACGAGCUUGAGGCCUUGGUGACGGAAAAGUUUGGCAGAAAGGCCAGUGUUGCUGAUGCCGAGGACAGCGACUCGUCGCAGAACUAUCCCACUCCUACACACACCGACAGUUCAAAGACAUCGGCGAUGGCAACCCCUCUAGCAUCCGCCUCUUUGGUGACUCCUCACGAAUAUGAGCGGAAUAAGCCCACUAAGGAGAUUGAAAACGACACUCCAGUGGUACAGGAGGAAAUUUACAGCGUCGUUCAGCGUAACCCGAGCUUGGCUAAGAGCCGCUCGAGUCCUGACCUCGCUCUUGACACGAGUUUCCUUCCGAAGCUGAAGCACCAGCCUCUCGUGCCUCGGUCCCUCGUUCCACCUCCGCCGCCACGCUCGUCAAAGCGUGGUUCUGUUGCCAACCUGGCCGCCAAGGCAGCUUCCCAGUCUUCUCUUUCUUUGGACACAGCCUCCAGAAAGUCGAUUGUGUCUAGCAAAGCGCCAUCGAAUCCCUCAAAUUACCUCGAAGAAGCCCGCAGAUCAAUGCCUCCACCUCGCUCCAGUCGUGUCUCGCGCGCAUCCAUUGUACCUCCCAGUGGUGUUCCCGAGCCUGUGGCCAAGAUGCUUGUGGAAUGCUGCAGCUGCAAGUUCUUGCAUGACAUGCCGAGCAAGGUCUACGAAUGCAUGGCCAAGCCUGACAGCAUGGUGGAGGACCGGAAGCUAGGAGUCAGCGGGCUCAUCUCUACGACGGUGAAGUGUCCAUGGUGUGCUCACGGAAUGACGACGAAUUGCUGCGCAGGAUAUGCCGCAGUGAUCUAUUUGAAGGAGAAGCUGCACUGA